AUGACGACACCAUCGCGGAGACGUCUAAUGCGGGAUUUCAAGAAGCUGCAAGAUCCACCUGCUGGUGUCAGUGGUGCUCCAACGGAGGAUAAUAUUUUAAUGUGGGAGGCGAUUAUUUUUGGUCCGCAGGAUACACCAUUUGAGGAUGGAACAUUCAAGUUGACCCUUGAAUUCACCGAGGAGUAUCCUAACAAACCUCCUACGGUGAAAUUUGUCUCGAAAAUGUUCCACCCAAAUGUUUAUGCUGAUGGUAGCAUCUGCCUCGAUAUUUUACAGAAUAGAUGGUCUCCAACUUACGAUGUUGCCGCUAUCCUUACUUCCAUCCAAUCGCUGUUAGAUGAACCAAAUCCAAAUAGUCCUGCUAAUUCACUUGCUGCUCAGCUUUAUCAAGAAAACAGGCGGGAGUACGAGAAAAGAGUGCAACAAAUUGUUGAACAGUCAUGGCUUAAUUUUGGUGAAAAUGAGGGAGAAAUGGAGGCGAAAGAGGAGAGCGAUGAGGAAAUGGAUCAUGAUCACGAUGACCCACAAAUGCCUUCUGCUUCUGGCGCAACACGAUCAAACAGUGGUGGUGCCUCGUCCUCUGCUUAA